CAGCUUGCGCUGCUAGACUACUUCUUUCCCGGCUUCUCUACGCUGGCCAACGCAAUCCAGAAAUACCUCCACAUUGACCUGAACUUCUACAUCCCCAUCCUCCUCCUCAUUGGAGCCCUGACCUUGAUGUGGAAUUACGCCAGCAGCUACUUCUGGGAGCAAAUGGAGAACUAUUUCAUGAGCGUGGUGGAUAUCCGGACUGACGAUGAGAUCUACAACAUCCUGAUGAGCUGGGUUGCCGCCCAGCGCUUCUCCCAGGGCGCGAGACGCUUCGUGGUCAACACCAACCUCAACUCCCGUUCUUGGUACCUUUGGCGAUGGGACUACGACGAAGAUAACGAGGAUGAUGGCGUCGAGGACCAGACCAAUGGAAGCAAAAAGAAGAAGGCAUUGAGCUACACGCCCUCUUUCGGCAGCCAUUAUUUUUGGUACCGCAGCCGCCUCCUGUUAUUCCGUCGAAGCUGCAACCGGGAGCAGGGGAGCAGCCUGCUGGCCAGUGAAAAGGAAGAGAUUUCCAUCUCUUGCUUUGGCCGCAACCCCUGGAUUCUGAAGGAGCUUCUCCUUGAGGCUCGCGCCAUGCAUAUGGAGCGGGACCGACAAAAGACGCUGAUCUACCGCGGCACGCUACGCUCUAGUUCAAGCGACCCAACGUGGCAGCGAUGCAUGGCUCGGACUUCCCGGCCGUUCUCGACCGUUAUUCUCAACGAAAAGACCAAGAAGGACCUGGUCGAUGAUGUGACGGACUACCUCGCCCCCGCGACACAGUCCUGGUACUCGAAUCGCGGUAUCCCCUACCGUCGUGGCUACCUCCUGUACGGGCCACCUGGCACGGGCAAGUCAAGUUUGAGUUUGGCUCUGGCGGGCUUCUUCAAGAUGCGUAUCUACAUUGUCAGCUUGAGCUCCAUCACAGCCAACGAGGAGAACCUGGCAUCUCUUUUUACUGAGCUUCCUCGACGGUGUGUGGUGCUACUUGAGGAUAUUGACACAGCUGGGCUCACCAACACGCGCGAGGAGGAUAAGAACCAGUGCGCCAGUGGAAGCGCUACGGAACCGAUGGAGCCUGGGCAGAUCACGCAGGGCAAUGGGAAUACCAACAACCCCCCAGCUGUUCUGCCCACUGGUCGUCUUUCGCUGUCUGGCUUGCUCAACAUCCUUGACGGUGUUGCGUCGCAGGAAGGGCGAGUCCUGAUCAUGACGACGAACCACCUUGAGAAGCUGGACAAGGCCCUGAUCCGACCUGGUCGCGUCGACAUGAUCGUCGAGUUCGGACUAGCCGACACCGAUAUGACAGCCGCCAUCUUCCGCGCCAUCUUCGCCCGUCUGGAAGGCGACGACGGCCCAAAAGACACAACCGCCGAUGAUCUCCUACUCGACCCAGUGGCGAGGGCUGCCCUAAGUGAGGAGAGGGAAAAGAAACGUUGCGCCGAUGAGGCUCGGGUUAUUGCCCUCGCCCUCGAAUUCGCCGCUCAGAUUCCAGCCCACGAAUUCAGCCCCGCAGAACUUCAGGGGCACCUUAUGCGACACAAGCGCAACCCGCGCGCCGCCAUUGACACUGCAGCAGAAUUCGUGGAGACGACAAGAAAAGACCGAAAGGAAAAAGAAAUCAAGAAGGCCGAGGAAAAGCGGAAAGCCGAAGAAAAGAGGAUUGAAGAGCUGGCUAAGAAAAAGAAAGAGGACGAGGAAAAGGAAGAGAAGGAGAAGGAGAAGUCUAAGAAAGAAGAGCGGAGAAAACUGAGCAAGAAGAAGUCCAAGCCCAAGACUCAGAGAUCGGCCGAGUCCUCGUCUAGUAAGGACGAUGAUUUAUCAUUAGACUCGGAUUCC